AUUUAUUAAAAUAUUUAAAUUCUAAAAACAUUGUAAAAUGAUUGGAUUUUUAUAUUUAAAUGAAUGAAAAAAAUAACAAUUAAUUUAUUUAAAUAAAUAAAUUUUUAGCUUAAAAUAUGGCAUAAAAAUAACCUGUUUAAAUUGCUGCUGAAUUUAAAUUAGUAUUAGUUGGUGAUGGAGCAGUUGGAAAGACUACAUUUGUAAAGAGACAUUUGACUGGAGAAUUUCAAAAGUAAUAUUUAGGUAAAUGAUUUAAAUUUGUUUUUAGCCACAUAAGGAGUCGAAGUUAGUUAAAUUGUAUUUUAUACUACUCAUGGUCCGAUCAGAUUAGUAAUUUGGGAUACUGCAGGAUAAGAACAGUGGGGUGGACUAAUUGAAGGAUAUUAUAUUGGUGCUCAUUGUGCCAUUAUUAUGUUUGAUGUAACAUCAAGAACCUCAUAUAAAAAUGUACUAAAAUGGCAUAAAGAUCUAAAUAGAAUUUGUGAUAAAAUACCUAUAGUUUUAGUCGGAAACAAAGUAUUAUUUUUCACUUAAAUCUUAGGUUGAAUCAAAAGAUAGAAAAGUCAAGCCCAGAUAAAUCACAUUCCAUCAUAAAGUUAAUAUAAAAUAUUAUGAUGUUUCAGCAAAAUCAAACUACCAAUAUGAAAAGCCCUUCCUAUAUUUAUUAAGGAGAUUAGCAAAGUAAUUUUAUAUUUUUAUUAUUUAGUGAUGGAAAUCUUUCAUUAAUCUAGGCUUUGGCUGUUUUACCACCUGAAAUUUAAAUGGAUGCAAAUCAAAUUGCUUAACUUCAUGAAGAUUAAAAAAGGGCUGGAGAAUUAGAUUUAUCAGAUGAAUAAGAUGAAGAAUUCAAUAAUUGA